AUGGAUGAUGUUCCCACAAGUCAAUUUGGUGUGACACAUCUUGUCACUCAUAAAACCAUGCACCAACAGUUCGCUUGCAAGUCAAUCGCGAUGCAGAAGCUGAUUAACCAGGAUGACAUCGACGUUGUCUGUCGAGAGCUCCAUGGCGCCUACGAGGAUCGCUUGCUAGAACAUUUACGUGUUCAUGAAAGACCAAAAUCCAAUAUCAUUCGAAUGAUUGAGAAUUUGGAGACAGUUUCUUUCAGAUCAAAGUUUGAUUCAUGGCCUCCACUGAGUGAUGUGGUUGCAUCUGAAGAUGGUAAAGGGAAGCUUAACACAAUGUUCCAUUUGGAUCAACCUAUGUAUCUUCUUGGGUUUCUUGCUAACCAGAGCAGGGUUUAUCUCAUUAACAAAGAAUUCAAUGUUGCUCAUUUUCUGGAGUCAUGGGGCAAGGUUGAAGAGGCCUUGGAAGUUGCUACAGACCCUGAUUAUAGAUUUGAGUUGGUUAUUCAGCUUGGUAAACUUGACAUUGCCAAGGUUUUUAGUCUUUUUGACCUUAAGCAUAAGGGAGUUGUCUUCAUUAUCUUGGAUGAGGAUGAUGUUGGUGUUGUUAUGGGCAUCCAAGGAACUGAAGUUGCAAAAGAAAGCAGUGACAUCAUUAUCUUGGAUGAUGAUUUUUCUUCAGUCGUACAGGUUGAUAUGCUUCUAACAUUCUGUAAAGAAAUGGGGCUUUCUUCUGUUGUUCUUGUUGGUCAUGAUGAUGGAGGUGGAGAUAAAGGGUGUGGUGUUACUAACAACAAGCUUAUCAAGAUAAGUUGUUCCAGGAAGAGCAUGGUAUGCUGCUACAAAGCUAACAACAGAUGUUUUAAGUCUCUACAAGAAGUCAUUGGAAUCAGAGAUGGAAAUGGAAAUGGUGCUCCUUAUCUGAUGCACCUAAAGAGAUGGACAGUUUCUACAACUGCGCUCAAAACAGGUAUGGUCAAGAAGAAUAACAGGGGUAGGGACGGAUUCUUACAAGGGAUAGAAGCUCAUGCACAAGGUUUUGCUUUUGGGGUGUCUGGUGUAGUGAGGAAACCUGUUGAAAGUGCCAGACAGAAUGGUAUUCUUGGACUUGCUCAUGGACUUGGGAGAGCCUUUCUUGGAUUUGUGGUACAACCGGUGAGUGGAGCACUGGAGCCACUGGAGGUGGAAGAUCAUAUGAAUAUACGAUUGGUUUCGAUUCUAGUAUUGCAAGAUUCUUCAAGCAAUAUCUUCUGCUUUUGCUUGUUAACCAAAUGUCUUCAGAAUUGUUUCGUCUUUGCUUUGGGUGGCUUUGUUCUUGUUCGAGAGGACGUAAAGAAAUGGUGGUUGUGGGGAUACUGGUCAUCUCCUAGGAUAUACACCAUGAAUGGAAUUGUUAUGAACGAGUUUCUUGGGAAUCAAUGGAAUUGCUAUUUUUCAUUUUCUGUUCUUUUUUGUUUGAUUAUAUCGGGGAUGAAGUAUUGUCAAGUGGAACACUAG